AUGAGCCCGUGGAUCGCUAUUCCCGGGCCUACAAGUGCAAUAAUAGUAAAUAACAGGACACAGGUGGAGAUUGUAGACGUCUCUGAGCCUGAGGAGACGAGAAAUAAGGACCAACAGAUGGUUCACAUGACGCUCCAAGUGCUGACGAUCGCACUUAGUGCUUGUAAAGAGUCUGUGGAAAUUGCAGAUGCAGCAGGUAUCUUGUCUCUCUAUAAGAUAUAUGGGACUCUUUCGUUUGGACACUCUGUGUGUGCUUUGUAUCAAGUUGCAACGUCCGAGGAAUAG